AUGGGCACUCUCAUCAUCAUCAUUACUAUAAUCGUCAUCGUCACUAUCAUCAUCAUCGUCACUAUCAUCGUCAUUGUCACUAUAAUCGUCAUCGUCACUAUAAUCGUCAUCGUCACUAUCAUCGUCCUCGUCACUAUCAUCGUCAUCGUCACAAUCAUUGUCAUCAUCACAAUCAUUGUCAUCGUCACAAUCAUUGUCAUCGUCACAAUCAUUGUCAUCGUCACAAUCAUUGUCAUCGUCACAAUCAUUGUCAUCGUCACAAUCAUUGUCAUCGUCACAAUCAUUGUCAUCGUCACAAUCAUUGUCAUCGUCACAAUCAUUGUCAUCGUCACUAUCAUCGUACUCGUCACUGUCAUCAUGGGCACUCUCAUCAUCAUCGUCACUAUCAUCGUCAUCGUCACUAUCAUCGUCAUCGUCACUAUCAUUGUCAUCGUCACUAUCAUUGUCAUCGUCACAAUCAUUGUCAUCGUCACUAUCAUCUUCAUCGUCACUAUCAUUGUCAUCGUCACUAUCAUUGUCAUCGUCACUAUCAUUGUCAUCGUCACUAUCAUUGUCAUCGUCACUAUCAUCUUCAUCGUCAUUGUUGUUACUUUCAUCGUCAUCGUCACUAUCAUCGUCACUAUCAUCAUCAUCAUCGUCACUAUCAUCGUCACUAUCAUCAUCACUAUCAUCAUCAUCGUCACUAUCAUCAUCGUCAUUGUCACUAUCAUCAUCAUCGUCACUAUCAUCAUCAUCAUCGUCACUAUCAUCAUCAUCGCCAUCGUCACUAUCAUCAUCACUAUCAUCAUCGUCACUAUCAUCGUCAUCGUCACUAUCACCAUCAUCGUCACUAUCAUCAUCAUCAUCGUGACUAUCAUCGUCAUCGUCACUAUCAUCAUCAUCGUCACUAUCAUCACUAUCAUCAUCAUCAUCAUCGUCACUAUCAUCACUAUCAUCACUAUCAUCAUCGUCACUAUCUACUUUUGA